AGUCCUUCUCGGGCGCUCCCGCCGCCGCCCCGAGCCAGCCCCGCCGCGGGCCCGUCCCCGGCCCCAGCGCCGCUGAUCCUGUCCGCCGCCGCGGGCGGGGACGCGGGCGGACAAGGCGCCGCCGCCGAGCCCCCGGACGCGACCAUGUCGGAGGUGCUGCCCUACGGCGACGAGAAGCUGAGCGCCUACGGCGACGGCGGCGACGUGGGCCAGAUCUUCUCCUGCCGCCUGCAGGACACCAACAACUUCUUCGGCGCCGGCCAGAACAAGCGGCCGCCCAAGCUGGGCCAGAUCGGCCGGAGCAAGCGGGUUGUUAUUGAAGAUGAUAGGAUUGAUGACGUGCUGAAAAAUAUGACAGACAAGGCACCUCCGGGUGUCUAAGCCCCCCAAAGACAAAAAUGAGUUAAGGGAGAGAAUAAGCGUAAGAACGGCGGUAAUGGUUAUUGGCAGAAAAGCAUGAAGAAGAGAAAGCACUUGGAAAUUUGUUACUAGCUCGCUACCCAGGAUGGAAACUACAACCUGUGUCUCGUGUCAGGCCGGGAGACAGUUGAGGCGAGAAGGAGGAGAAGGCUCUGGGCUCCUGCAAAAAUAAAAAUAAAAAAAAAUUUAAAUUCACUAUAUACACACAUAAAGAAAUAAAAAAAAAAAGUCUCCGUUGCAGCUACUUGUCAGAAUUAAUAUCCAUUUCUUUUUCUAUACCGUGAAUAUUGCGCAAUGAUAGAUCUGGAUUUUUGAACCACUGAAAUAAUGAAACUGCAGCACCUGUGUUUUGAGGUGUUGGCAUUCUUCGCUGAUUUGGCUGUUCCCAAUGUUUACAUUAUUUAAUCUUGCAAAAAUGAUUCUGUGCACUUGGCUGUGAAAUGCUGUCCAGUUUUAUUUUUUAUGUUGUUAUUCUUGGAUGUACAAACAAAAUCCAAAUGAUUUCUAUAGAUAUCUUUGUUUUUAUUUUGAUUAUCUUUUGAGGUUAUCAGGAAUGUGUUGAGAACAAGAGAACUUUUCUAAGGAAUGAUACUUAGAAUCCUCGUUUUGUUUAAAAAAAAAUGAAUUGUAAAGCUUGUGUUUCUUUGUUGUUGCCAGCUAUUUGCCCAAGUUAAUGCAAAUGGACACAUUUUAUAUGUCAGAGAAAAAAAAAUCGUGGAAAAACAAACAAAAAAAUGCUUGAGCUUUUUCUAAUCUCCCUGCAGUCUGUUGUGUGAGCAGCCUGUUUUUUUCCUCUAAUAUUGUGUCAGUUUAUUCUCUUUAAUGGACUGUAAAAAAAUGUAAUCACAAGAGUGCCAAAUAUCUUGAAAUGCCAAAAGGCAUUUUGGUUUCUUUUCUUUUCCCUGUGCUCUGAGUCCCGGUGCAGGAAUGCUGGAGUCUCUUUCUGUUAUUUAUGGGGGUUUUCUUAAGGCACACCAGCUGCCUGUUUUGCAUGGAAUUUGCAAAAAUGCCUCUUGUGUGAGGAAAUCUUUUACCAUUUUUUUGUUUGCAACUUUGGACCUCAAGAGGUUUCUUGGACAUCCCUCCCUGUUCCCCCCCUUUUCUUAAUUCAAUAUUCUGUAUGUUGCACCUUUAACCAGCACACAGGGCUAUUUCUUCAAUGUACAAUAAUAAAAAAAAAUU